AUGACGCUCCUCGACGCAGAGCUCCGGAACGACGAGCUCGGCGUCGUCAUCGCCGUCCUCGCCGACGGAACCGUCUGCGCCAUCGAUCUCCGCGACGCCGACGCCGCCAUCAGCCGCUUCAGCCAGGCGGGCGACGUGGCCACCGCCUUCGACCUCCUGCACCGCAACGAGGCCGCGGGGAACACCGCGAUGGACAAGCGGCAGAUGCACAGACAGGCCUGUCUCACCUUCUUCGCCCAUCUCGACUUCGCUCAGGCCUUUCACCACGCCUGGGAGGCGCGCAUCGCUCCCACCCAGCUGCUCCCGCUCUUCCCGGAGCUUCUGCUCCGCCCCCUCCCCGACAGCACCGUGUUAACCGCGGAUCUGCUCGGACGAAACGUCCACUCCGUGCUCGAGUUCGUCCUGGCCACGCGGAAACAGCAUUCCAGCGACCCCUCCGCCAUCCGCCCCGACUCCGAACUCGUCAAAACCGCGGUGAACCAGGCCGAGAGCGAGCUCCUCGAGUUCUUAUGGAAGUUCCACGCCGAGAACCAAGGGGAGAACCGCGGGGAAGACAAAGGGGAGGACCAGGCGGAGAACCAGGCGGAGAACCGCGGGGAAAGCCGCGUGGUGGAUGUGGCGCUGUUCCGGCUGCUGCUGAACCGCGGGGAUCCGCGUCUGUCUGGCUUUAUCGCGGGGCAAACGAGCUGCGAAGAGGAAGAUGUGCGGGAAUCGCUGGUUUCCCGCGGGUUGUACAACGCGCUGGCGUCGUUCUACGUGCAGAAGAAACGCCCGCGCGACGCGCUGCAGCUUUGGCGGGAGCUGGGAGAGGGCGCGCUGCGCGAAGAAGGCGUGGACGGCGUGAGUUUGACAUGUCAAUUCCUGCGGAACCGCACGGAGACGGACACGCUGGAGCUGAUGCGAGCGUUUCUCCCGUGGGUAAUGGACCGCAACCCCGACGAGGGCUACAAAGUGGUGAUCUUUGGAGAGGUGUCGACGGUGCCGAUCGCAGGGUUCGUGCUGAGCGAGCUGGAGCGCGUGGGCGCGUCGAACUACCGGUCGUCGUACAUCCAGUACUUGGUGGUGAUGAAUCACGUGGACGAUCCCGCGCUCACCACCGAGUUCAUUCUGGAACGGAUCCAUCUGCUGCUUCGGCAGGUGCAGGAGCACGAGCUCGACAUGGCCGUCGCGCGAGUGGCCGACACGCCGUCGUUGGUGCGGGAUCAACGCGGGCAAAUUCUGUCCUUCCUCGAGAACAACCAGUCCUACGACGCCUCGCAAGUUCUCGCCGAAAUCGACGCCUCCGCGCUCUUCUUCGAGAAGGUCGUCGUGCUCGGCCGCCUCGGCCGCUAUGAAGAGAGUCUACGCAUCGUGGUCUAUGAGCUGAAGUCGAUCUCGUACGCGUGCAGCUGCUGCGCGAAGUUCCCUGCGAGCUCGUGGUAUCUUUUGCUCCGGAUUUUGUUCGCCGAGCAGGACGAGGAGUGCGCCAUGGAGCGGGAAGUGACGCGUAGACGCAGGGAUUCCUUCCGAGAGGCAGCGUUGCGCGUGUUGGAGGAACACGCCUAUGAAAUCGACCCGAUCGAGGUGCUCAAGAUCAUCCCCGAGGACCUCACGCUGCAGCAACUGCUCCAGUAUUACCAAAGCGUUGUGCCUCACUCGACGAAUGUAAUGCGAGAGGCGAGGAUCCAGCGCGGAAUGGAACAGGUGCGAACGAACCAGCUGCGUCGGGAAUUGAAUUCGAUUAAGAAUUCGUAUGUGAUAGUAAACGGAGGCGAGACCUGCGCUGUCUGUGGAGAGGAGUUCAGACAGGAUGACUGUAUGGUGAUAGAUGGCGAGGAUAAGAAAGUGCACGAGCGCUGCUGCUGCAAGGAGAAGGAGAUUGAAGUGUUGAAUGACUUGUUUUUGCGUGUUUAUUUACAGAAAUAA